UCCAGUCUCCCAUACAAAGCCAUUACUGAUCCUUCACGCCGUCCAUUGUCAGACAGCCCUUCCGUUUUCACGGAACUUCCAUGUCCUCUGCUCAACCUUUAUAAACCCCCUUCACCCGCUCUUACCUUCUCACCGGUACACGGACUUACUGAGUCAGAGUGAGAGUCCGAGUUAUAUACCAGAGAGAGGUACUCAAUGGAGAGCCAUGGCUCGUCGUUCUCGAGCCUCCAAGCCUACUUUCGGGCACUGUCUCAGACCCCCACCCGCCUUUCCCGCCGUGCCGGCUCCGUUUCCACCUCCUUCGACGAGGUCAGCCGGGUCCGGGCUCGUUCAGGUCCCUAUAUGCAGCGGACGCUCCGAUGGUUCGACCUCGUCGGAUUCGGCGUCGGCGGCAUGGUCGGUGCCGGCGUCUUCGUCAGCACAGGCCGGGGCGCUCUCUGUGCCGGCCCUGCUCUCGUCCUCUCCUACGCCAUUGCCGGCCUCUGUGCCCUGCUUUCCGCCUUCUGCUAUACCGAGUUCGCCGUCGAUAUGCCCGUCGCUGGUGGUGCCUUCAGCUACCUCCGCGUCACUUUUGGCGAGUUCGCCGCAUUUUUGACCGGUGCGAACCUCGUGAUGGACUACGUGAUGUCAAACGCCGCCGUUGCAAGGAGCUUCACUGCCUAUCUGGGCACAGCUAUUGGAGUCUCCACCGAUAAAUGGAGACUCACUGUCCCUUCACUCCCAGACGGUUUCAACCAAAUCGAUAUUGUCGCAGUCCUCGUCGUUUUAAUCAUCACCCUCAUCAUCUGCUACAGUACGAGGGAGAGCUCGGUGGUGAACAUGGUGUUGACGGCGCUACACAUUUUGUUCAUAGCGUUCGUGAUACUGGUGGGAUUCUGGCAAGGAGACUGGACGAACUUCACCAAACCCGGAGACCCGGAACACCACCCAUCCGGGUUCUUUCCGUUCGGGGCUUCGGGCGUUUUCGAAGGGGCAGCUAUGGUCUACCUCAGCUAUAUAGGAUACGACGCUGUUUCCACCAUGGCCGAAGAAGCCCGGGAUCCCGUCAAGGACAUCCCUAUCGGUGUCUCGGGCUCCGUCAUACUCGUCACCAUUCUCUACUGCCUCAUGGCCGCUUCAAUGUCCAAGCUCCUUCCAUACGAUAUGUUCAACGCCGAGACGCCGUUUGUGGCGGCGUUCAGAGGGAAAUCAGACGGCUGGGGAUGGGUUUCGAACGUGAUCGGAGUGGGAGCCAGCUUCGGGAUUCUAACAUCCUUGUUGGUGGCGAUGCUGGGGCAGGCUCGGUACAUGUGCGUGAUCGGACGGUCCAGCGUUGUCCCUGCCUGGUUCGCCAGGGUCCACCCCAAGACAUCCACACCCGUCAACGCCUCCGCUUUUCUGGGAGUCUUCACUGCAGCCAUUGCCCUUUUCACUGAGCUGAGAGUCCUGGUCGACCUUGUUUCCAUUGGCACACUUUUUGUCUUCUACAUGGUGGCAAAUGCUGUGAUCUACAGACGUUAUGUUGCACAGGGGACAACAGAUCCGCGACCGACCGUGUUUUUCUUGUGCUCAUUUACCCUUACCUCCACCAUAUUCACCCUCACUUGGAAAUUUGCACCACCGGGACAGCCUAAAGGCUUCAUGCUCAGUGCCUGCGGUGUAAUUGCACUGGCAUUAAUGCAGAUUUUCCAUUGUAUGGUUCCACAAGCUAGGAAGCCCGAGUUCUGGGGUGUCCCUUUGAUGCCAUGGAUACCUUCCAUAUCAAUAUUCUUGAACAUAUUCUUGCUGGGUUCUCUAAAUGGGCCAUCCUAUGUGCAGUUUGGAUUAUUUUCAGCUCUUGUUGUGCUCGUAUAUGUCUUCUACAGUGUUCAUGCUAGUUUUGAUGCUGAAGAAGAUGAAUUUUUUGGUCAAAAGAAUGGUGAAAGUCAUAUGGAAUCAAAAGAAAUUGAGGACCUUGGUCUUAAAGUGUAGAAUCCCUUUUGCUCAACUUUUUGUUGUUUCUUCUCAGGAGUUAAAAAACCUCUUUGUGGAUUGAUGGGUACUUGAAAAAGGUGCUUAAAGUAAAGGAGAAGAUCAGAAUAGAAUAUGGUAGCUUGGCUGCAAAUUUUGCACAAAUGGAAAAUUGUACAGUCGGAGUUAGGCUUAUGUUGUGAGCUCUUUGUACAUCAGGUCAAUUAAUCCUUCAACUUUGCAAAGUUGUAUAUGUGACCUUGACAGUUAAUGAAAGAAAAGGAUGAUGUAAAACAGAGGGCAAGAAGCUAAUUGUUAUGAAGCCAUUGGCCUCUUGUUUUUAUUGUAAAGUUGUGAAUCUCUAUGGGAUUCUCAAGGAACUUUUAUGAUCUCUGUGACCAAAAUCCUGAGGCAAGAAAAAUAUUUUGAUGAUUGAAGUGAUGCAUGAGAUUGUAUUCUUACUAAAAUGAAUUGAUGUGUCUCUGUCCAGACUGCAGAUGGUGGAUUGAAAAAGUUAA